UCAAAUUAGUGUUCGCGGGCGACCAGCAAACACGCUGUACAGCCAACACUACCGUUGCCCUAGUGGCGAUUUUUUUUUUAACAAUAAUAUUAAGUAUAUUAUAUUGUAGGUACGCAUUACACGAUACGUCACGCGAUUAGCGGUCUUCGCGCACUCCGAUCGCGGUGUAUACAUGUUUAACGUGCUUAUAUUGUAUUAUAUUUCAGUAUAAAAUCAUCGUCUUCAUCCUUAGACGUAUACAAUAUCUGUAUACGCGCGCACCGCAGCACGCAGCGCGUGUUUCGUAUUAUAUUAUAAUAUAUUGUUAUUAUUGUAGAGACAAUCGUAAUAGCACGCGUUCGCGCCGGUUUCGUUGAUCUUCGUUUAUCGCGCCGGUUUCGGUAGGUAGGUAUCUAUCUUACCCAUCUACUUUUAUCAUAUAUUACAGACAGGAUAAUAUUGUACAAUAACACGAAACACGAUUCCGUCGGACGAAAAAAUCUACGCUCGGUCGUGCAUAGAAUUUUUUUUUUUCGCGAUUCCGUGUUUUUUUUUUUUUUACGGUUACGAAAAUUCCUCGGCACACGCGAUGCGUUGACCGAGACCGCUGUCAACGUCUUCGGCUCGUUCUGUUGUACCGCGGCAAAGGCGUGCGUAUAAUAUACGAUACGCCGACUGUUCACACGAAUCACGUGUCUUAUCCAUAAUAUAGUGUUACAGCCCGGAGAUCUGGGUGCAGCUGCAACUGCACCGUACCACCAGCGAACGUACGGCGAACGAUUGAUGCUCGACAAGCAGUGAAUCGCCGCGCCGAGGACAUAACGCGCCGUCAUUAUGGUGCACACGGGGUCUUGUGGCGACCGUCUACAUGACACAUUGGUCGGCUAUUUGCCGAUACUUACAUGGAUGCCACAGUACAAGAAGUCGGACUUGCUGUACGACGCCGUGUCGGGUAUCACCGUAGCGCUCACGCUGAUGCCCCAAUCUAUAGCCUACGCGUCGCUGGCGGGACUUGACCCACUCUUUGGAUUGUAUGCUGCAUGCUUCGGUAGCGUGAUGUACAUAAUAUUUGGAUCAGUACGUCAAAUUACUAUCGGCCCUGCGUCCGUUGUUGCGUUGCUCACUUUCAACUACGUCAAUCCAGCGCUACCAACUACGGCGGUAAUUCUCUGUUUUGUGUCCGGGAUUGUCGAGCUCAUAUGUGGACUUUUCCGCUUAGGAUUCGUCGUGGAAUUCGUAUCGAUGCCGGUGACGGGCGGAUUUACAUCAGCCGCGGCUAUUAUUAUGGCUUCCUCGCAAUUAAAAGGAUUGUUCGGCAUUUCUUAUGACGCGAAAAACUGCAUGGAAAUGUGGAUAAAGUUUGUUGAACACAUUGAACAUUUUCGAUUAGCAGACACUGCUAUGGGACUGUUAUGUAUCUUCGUGCUGAUAGGAUUGAAAAGCUUAAAAUCCAUAAAAGUCAAUGCUAAAGGAAUGAAAGCAAAAUCAUAUUCGGUGAUAUUGUUUUUAUUGACCACCGGGAGCAAUGUUCUCGUGGUCAUCGUAUCGUCGAUAAUCGCAUAUUUUUCAAUCAGACAAGGCCAGUCACCAUUAGUGUUGACAGGUACCAUAGCUAGUGGCAUACCGCAGUUUAGGUUUCCGUUUUUGGACUACGAAGACGAAGACGAGAAGUUUACCUUUUUCGAAGGACUGUGCAGGUUAUGGCCUGGGGCGAUAGUUGUGCCGUUGGUGUCGAUUUUGAGCACAGUGUCGGUCGCUAAAGCAUUCAGCGGUGGAAAAGUCGUUGAUGCAUCACAAGAGAUGAUAGCGUUGGGAUUCUGUAAUAUUUUCAGCUCGUUUAUGGGAUCUAUGCCCGUUGCGGGUAGUAUGACCAGGUCUGCUCUUAACCAUACAACAGGUGUCCGUACAACGUUCAGCUCAAUAUUUACAACUAUAUUGGGCAUGUUGUCAUUGUUGUUUUUGACACCACUUCUAUAUUACAUACCCAAGUCUAGUUUGUCCGCUGUACUCAUAUGUGCGGUGACUUCAAUGUUUCGAUACGACAUGGUGAUUUCGCUAUGGAAAACCAAUAGGCGUGAUCUAAUACCGUUCACCACCGCGUUCGUCUCGUGUUUGAUAUUCGACGUCGAGUUGGGACUUUUGUUCGGCAUAUGUGUUGAUUUGCUGUGCGUGCUCUAUCGCAGUGCCAGACCGUUGAUUUCCAUCGACAAAGAAACUAACUCGGGUUACGUGAAAUGGGUGGUGAGGCCCAGCAGCGGUCUACUUUUCCCGGCGGUGGACUUUAUGCGACAACGGAUUAUUGCCGAGAUGUCGUCUUCGGAACGUCCGAAUAAACCGAAUCUCAUAAUCGUGGACUGCGUGCAUUUCGACAAGACCGACUUCACAGCUGCCCAAGGAAUAAAAUCGUUGAUAAAUGAACUGAAAUCCGAGUCAUGUCAACUCGAACUGAUGAACGCGAAGGAAUGUGUAGCGGCUAUACUGGAAGCCACACUGAACGUUAAAAUCUUGUCUAUGGUUCCGCUUCAAGAUUCUAUUAAGAAAUUUAAUUUUAUUCAACCUGAUCUCAAUGGAGUUGAAUCGAUGACAUUACACGAGAUUAAAAUGAAAAAUAUUUGUGAACGCAAAGCGUGAUUGUUACUUAUUAUUAUGUAAUUUUACUUUUGUAUACUAUAAACUAUUUAUAAAUUUGUAAAUUAUUAUAUAAUUUUUACUAUUCUAUUGUUAACUAUAUAUUUAUAUACUAAGAAAUAUAUAUAAAUAAUGUAUAUUAUUAUAAAAUAUUGUGAAAAACUAAUAAAUGUUUUAUUAUUCUUCUA